AGUGAGAGUAUUAUGUCCCGGGGUUUGAUAACAUGACAAGUGUGCUUUGUUGUGUAGUAGAGUGAUCGAAUAGAAGAAUCGUAUCUGAAACUCAAAACACAAGUAAUGCCGCUGCUACUUUCUUAACUGCCUUCUAUCCUCACUCUCUCUUGUAGGAUUAUGGAUUUCAGAGAUGGACUUCGCAACUUGUAUCAUUCUAUUCUUUCUAUUGUAAAUCUCGUGCUUCAAUUACUAUGGUACUUUCUGCAAAUCAUUGUCAGCGCGUGGUAUUUCAUACUAGCCGUGGGUAAGUUGUUUGAAAGCUAUUUAAUCUCUUAUGGAGUAUUGAAGAAGUACAAGUCUCUUCGUAUAAGAAAGCUUCAGUACCUUGCCAUUGUCAUUGAGAGUGAAGAUGCUCAUCAGACUUCAAAAGUUGUUAAACUUUUACAGUGGUUGGACUCACUUGGUGUUAAAAAUGUAUGCCUCUAUGAUAUGAAUGGAGUGUUGAAAAAGUCAAAGGAGACCAUAUUUCAAAAAAUGGGGAAUGCAAAAUCCAUAGAGGAAGUCAAUGAAGGCAUAACACACCAUGUACAAGAUCACAUGACCCUAGAAUUUGUUUCUUAUGUUGAUGGGAAGGAAGCAGUUGCCAAAGCAGCUAACUUGAUUUUUGUUCAGAAAUUGAAAAACUAUAAUUUAGGUGGAGAACUUGAUCAUCUAAUAUUGUUAGAGCGCCACCUGAAUGAGGCACUGCAAAUUGUUGGUUGCAAAGGCCCUGAACCUGACCUUUUACUUGUCUAUGGACCCGUGAGGAGCCAUCUUGGUUUUCCUCCAUGGAGAAUUCGGUAUACAGAGAUUGUGCAUAUGGGACCGUUGAACUGCAUGAGAUACGGUUCUUUAAUAAAAGCCAUUUACAACUUCACAAAAGUGAAACAAAAUUAUGGUAGAUAGGGAAGGAAAUCAAUCAGAAGUUAAUUGACUAUGCAAGCACAAAGCAUUGGCAUGAAGAAUAGAAAAAUACGCCGCUAAACAUCUUGGUGGAGGAAUACUUAGCUAAACAUCUUUGUGGAUGAACGGUUUCUAGCUAGUAAUGUAUAAAUGUGUUACUAUAGAAAUAGAAUAACAAGUAAUGACUAAGUUUCACUCACUAAAAAAUUUCAAAAAAAAUAGUAAUGAAUUAAUAUAUCUUUACCCUCACCAAAUAGUAUUGCUGUAUGAAUUUUAGUGGCCCUAUCCUCUUGCUUUAUUCUGCUUUCUUUGGUGUAGCAUUUGAUAUAAAGUUUAUUUCUUGGGUCCCUAUUAGAUACAAAGUUUGAUCCUUACUAAA